AUGGCGCUGCAGGCUGCGUACAAGCGGUUUUUAGCUUCGCCAAACACAUCGGCCCUCGCCGACGACGCGUCGCUGCACUACGUCACGACCACGUCAAGCUUUACCAGUGCGACCGAAAUCAUCAAGCACCUGUCCUCUGUGCGCAACAAGAUCAAGAAGAAGAAGGAGGACACCCUCUUCGCUGUUGAGAGCCAGCAGGCCCUCGCGCUCGAAGCCGAGACCACUUUGGAGUUCGUUACCAGCGGGGGGCCCUACCUCCCCGGCCUGGACGACAACUUCCUGGCCGACCGCACCGUUCAUAUCGUCGUUACCCACAUCGUAACGUUCAAUGACGACGGCAAAAUCGCACAAAUUCGACAGAACUGGGACCAAGGCGCGCUCUUGAAGCAGAUCGAGGUCAUUGGGAGGUCCGGUGCGAAUUGGCCCAUCCGCGAUGGUAAGGACCAGAUCAGCCUCAUCGCAAAAUGCGCUAAGGGCCACGGCGCUGCUGCACUCCCCGCCGAGGCACUUCCUACGCGCUCUCGCGGUAGUUCGACCAACGCUAUGCGCGACCCCCAUGCGUCCCUAGACUUGUUCGCGCCGCGCGAGGAGCUGGAGAACAACCCUGUCGGGAUUGUCUCGCCCUACGCAGGCCGGAGACCUCGCCAGCGGUCCUUCACCGAGAUCCUGGGCGACGAACCCGUCGACGAGCCCGGCUCUCCCAGCAACGGCCGCGAGCGCUCGCAAUCCCCUAGCAAGGUGAUUGCACCCAAGGUCGGCGCUGGGAAGAAUUUCCAACCGAUGCGCCUCUUCGAUACCGACGAGAACGACACUGCCGGCGAUUCCCACGAGCGGACCCCGUCAGCUGGUCGUAUCCUGCGUCCGGACCCCAAGAAAUACCAACACUUCGACUUUGACGACGGCUCUGAGUCGCAAGAUGUGCCCACACCAAAGGCCGUCCCCGACAACAGGAAGAGCAAGCAUAGCAGCAAUUGGUCGUUUGACGAUUUUGUGACGCCGCAGAAGCCCGUUGCCUCUCGUGGCAUGAACCGUGCUCGUGACGUCCGCCACUGGGGCGCCGAUAACGAGGUGCUUGAGAAUACCCCCGCUCCCCAUCCCCAGGUCAUCAAGCCGCGUCGCGACGCAGACGCUCACUUUGAGUUGAUCGACGACGGCCCGGCGCGCGAUGAGCCAAGCGAUGCCAAACGGCUGCCCCGCGGCGCAAUGCACAGUGAGGGGGAGCACCUGUACGACAACCGGCUGCACCACGAAGACGGCACCAUCCCUUCCCCUGGCCCUGCUCCGCUCGGCAACAUCACCAACCUCAAGGACCGGAACAAGGACUUUGAACCCCAUUUCAAUAUGACGGACGAGUCACCGCAUCACAAGGGUACCAACGAGCCCCCCAAGGUGUCCGAGGACCGCCAGAAGGCGGUUCGCAUGAUGGAGAGCAGCUGGUCCAACUAUGACGUGUCGCCCGUGUCGCGCAAGGAGAACGACAAGCCCGCCACUCGACAAGUGCCCAAGGAGCGGGGUAUCGUGAUUGCUGGCAAUGGCAUGGGCAGCAGGAAGGACAACUCCAACACCCAGCAAGCGCCCAAGGAGCGUGGUAUUGUGAUUGCUGGUAAUGGCAUGGGCGGCAGGAAGGGCACCGGGGCCGGCUGGCUCCACGGCGAGGACGAUGACGACGAGCCUGCGCCGACUAACAAGAAGGGCGGCCGCGGACCACCGACCAGGUCGGCGGAUAACUUUUGGGACUUCUAA